UGAAAGCUUCAACAGUGAGCCGAGUUCCUUUCCUUCCAGUCAUGCUUGUUUGUUCAGAGCUGAACCUUAUCUUCAUACUCAUAUUGAUCAUAAUUUUAAUGUGCAUUCAUAUUAUUUGUUAUAAUAGAAGACAAAAAUGGGAAGCAGAGUCUGUGGAUUACCACUAAAAUGCGUUUCAACUGUGAUUGGCUCCUUGUUUCUGAUAAUAGCUGUGGUAUUAAUUGUGAUACUUUCAUGGGUUCUAAAGGCACUUUUGGAAUUGAAAGAAGUGGACGUCGGUGACGAAAAAUCUAUUAGCUGGAUUGCCCUAACCUGUUUACAAAUAUAUUUUGGGAUGAACAUUUUUAUGGUUUGUGGUUCAGUGGUGCUUAAUAUAUUUCUUCUGAUUGGAAUUUGUAAGAAAAAAUCCAGAUUUCUUCUACCAUUCAUAGUGUUCAAGUUAUUUACAACAGUCUGCGUAUCUCUUGGUAUGAUCUCAUACUCCCACACACUGAGAUCCACAAUAUUGUUAGUGCUAUAUUCAGUUACUGUUUUCACACUCCUGGCUAUAUUACACAUCUACUACAGGGAGCUUAAAGAGGAGAAGAAUGAAGAAAUGUCCAUCACCUUGGACACUUUGGGGAAUAACAAUAGAUCAAGUCAAAAAUGAUUUUUUGUACAAAAUAUGCAUCAACAUUUAUAAGUAUUGAAACCUGAAACAUCAUUGUACAAAACAAAUAACCUUUCCUCAAUAUAUUCAUUUUAAACAUUGUUAUACAGUACUAAUAGACAGAUAUAGCAGUAAUAAUUUUUCCUUGUAAAAAACAAAAAUCACCUUCUCCUAAAUAUAUUGAUUUUAAACAUUGUUAUACAGUACUAAUAGACAGAUAGGCCUAUAGCAGUAGUAAUUACACUGAAGUGUGAUUGUUGGUUGAAAUAAAUGUAUCUAAUUUUUUAAAAAAAUAAACCUUGAAAAGAUAAAAAAAAA